GGUUACCAUCAGAGGGAAGUCGGUCAAUAUUUCAAGUGCACCUUUUUGUUCGUCGUCACGUGACCGGAAGUUUUUUGCAGCCCGGAGAAGGACGCCGUGUCUUUGGCGUCAUGGCUGUUAGAGCUGCUGCGGAAGGUUUGACGUGGCGCCGCUUGAGUUGUUUACGACCGCAAAGUGUCAUGGCGGCAGUCAGCAGGCGUGAGUGCAGCAAAGUAACAACCCAGCGGGACAAAUCACACAAGUGUGCAAAGUUCAGGCCUGCAGCCAGCUCCACACACGACUGGAUCGGUCCACCCAACCCACUAUCCAACCUGCGACCCGUCGUCUACCGCGUCCCCGAGAACGAGUCAGAGCUGGAGGAACGCCUGAGAACUCUGAGGCAGGACACCGAGGACUGGAACCACAAUUUCUGGACUAAACAGAACAUCGACUUCAGCCAGGAAAAAGAAGCUUUCAUUGCUUCCCAGCUGAAGGCCAAAGGCUUGUCUGAGCGGGAUGAGCAAGGACGGCGUCGCGCUCUAAGCAGUGAAGAAAUGGCCGUGUUCUACAAAAGCUUCUUGGACAAAAACAGAGAGCGACACGUCAUUUACAACAAGGAGUGGUAUCGCCGCAACUUCACCAUCACCUUCCUCAUGGCCCGUGUCACCCUGCACAACCUGUGGAGAAGCGCUACCAAUAAACACAACAGAUCUCCAAAAACGUGAUGAGAAACCCAACCACCCAGCUGUCAUGCAUCGAAUAUUAUGCCAAUACACUGAAGCAAACACUGCAUUAGGUACAGCAUCUAAUGAGAACCAAUAAUAAUAAAACCAUCUUCAGAGUGCAGGUGUGCCUACUGUUGUGGCCGGAACAUUCUGCAAAUAAAACUAAAGUAUUUAAAAA